UUCUGCGGCCCUGCUUCCUGUCCAACGGUCUCGUGGCCAGCUUCCCUUUUUCAAAUUUCGUUACAAUUCCUCUGUGUUUGACGGCAGAUUUUAACUUUAAAUGAGAGUAUGGCACACCCAGAAAGCAAUAUCAACUCUAUCCACAACCCAGCUCGAACUCUCCUCUCCAUUAAAACUCAAUCAUUUUCUCCAACUUUGCAGCAAUUCCAAAGCAUUAGACAAAGGAAAGCAAGUCCAUCAACAAAUAAUCACACAUGGGUUGGGCAGUAACCCAUUCAUGACCACCAAAUUGGUUCAAAUGUAUGCAGACUGCAAUGAUAUCUCAUCAGCCCACAUUCUAUUUGACAAAUUGUCGCAACCAAAUGUGUUUGCUUGGACCGCAAUCAUAUCAUUCCGUUCACGCAAUGGAAUGUUCGACGAGUGCGUUGAGACUUAUAAAGAUAUGAAAUUGGAGGGUAUUUCACCUGAUGGUUAUGUGUUUCCUCAUGUUUUAAGGGCGUGUACUCUGGCAUUGUGUUUGGAAGUAGGUGUUCAGGUUCACAAAGAUGUGUUUGUAUGGGGUGUUGAUCUGAAUGUGCAAGUUUGCAGUUCUUUGAUUGACAUGUAUUCGAGGUGUGGGGAUGUACAGAGAGCUAGACUGGUGUUUGAUAUGAUGAGGGAAAGGGAUUUGUUAUCAUGGAAUUCAAUGAUUUCAGGGUAUGUAUGUAAUGGGGUUUUUAUGUGGGCUGUUGAAUUAUUUGGCGACAUGAGGUUGGGAGGUUUUGAGCCUGAUUUAGUGACUUGGAACACUUUAAUGGAUGCUUAUUGCCGUCUGGGGCAGUGUGAUGAGGCUUGGAAAAUAGUGGGGCAGAUUAAGGAGCCUAAUAUAAUCUCUUGGACCACAUUGAUGUCAGGUUAUUCAAGGAUUGGGAAGCAUGAAUCUACCUUGGGAAUUUUCAGGGAUAUGGUAUGUAGAGGGGAAGUUUUUGCUGAUUUGGAUUGCCUUUCUAGUGUGCUUGCCUCUUGCCGACAUAUGGGGGCAUUAAUAUGUGGAAGAGAAAUUCAUGCAUAUGGGACUAAAAUUGUAAUUGGGGGUGCAUUCUACAAGUCAGCUGGACCUGCGUUGUUGACUAUGUAUGCUAAGUGUAGGAGAAUGGAAGAUGCAAGAAAUGUAUUUGACAUGAUGGACCAAUCUGAUAUUGUUACUUGGAACGCAAUGAUUUUUGGUUUUGCUGAUCUAGGGAUGGGACAUAAGGCACUUGAAUUGUUUACAGAAAUGCAGAUCAUGGGAAUUAAGAAUGAUCAGACCACAAUUUCCACCGUUUUGCCUGUAUGUGAUCUGAAAUCUGGAAAGCAAAUUCAUGCCUACAUCAAGAAAAGUGAUUUAAGUAUGGCUGUCCCGACUUCAAACGCUCUGAUCCACAUGUACUCCAAGUGUGGAUUCAUUGGAACUGCAUAUUAUGUGUUCUCCACAAUGGAAAAUAGAGAUAUAGUAUCAUGGAACACAAUGAUUCGGGGUUUUGGAAUGCAUGGGUUUGGACAAGCUGCUCUGCAACUCCUGGAGAAGAUGAAUCAUGCUGGCCUUUGCCUUAACUCUUCAACUUUUACUUCUGUGCUGUCAGCUUGUAGUCACUCAGGACUUGUGGAUGAGGGGCUCACACUCUUUUACAGAAUGACCAGAGACUUUGGCGUAGACCCUCAAAUGGAACAUUUUGCUUGUGUUGUAGAUUUGCUAGCCCGUGCUGGUCGGCUUGAGGAUUGUGUUGGUUUAAUCAAGAGAAUGCCUUUAGAGCCAGAUAAAUGUAUUUGGGGGGCUGUGCUUUCUGCCUCUCAGGCUCACCAAAACAUUAACACUGGGGUGCUAGCUUCGGAACACUUGGUCCAUUUGGAACCUGAAAAUGCUGGACACUAUGUGACAUUGUCAAAUAUGUUUGCUAGGGCUGGAAGAUGGGAUGAUGCCGUAAGAUUAAGGAAACUCGUGGACAGCAGAGGAUUGGUCAAGCCAUCAGGAUUUAGCUGGACUGAAAGAGGGAACUGAACACACAGAGAUUAAUGACUUUCGUACCGGCCUUCAAAAGCUUCUCUUUGCCUAACAGCCUUAUUGCAUAAGACGGUCUUAUUGCUAAUCACAGAUGCCGUGAUUUGCGAACCAUUGGAAGCUGGGAAUCUCAACAAGACUUGCUGCCGAACACUUUGCUGCGGAUCUGUUCUCUAAACUAAACGUGGUCAGGAAAAGAGAAUUCUGAAUGUUGUCGAAGGAAUUGGGAUUCAGAAUUGUGGUUGGCCAUAUCAUCAAGGACUGGGGUACCUACUGUUGGAAUUUUUUGCCAUUAAUUGAUAGUUAAUUUUAGAUUGCGAAAAACGGGUUGAAUUUAUAGUCC